AUGAAAUUGUUUACAAUCAUUACCCUCUUGGCCUCAGCCAGUGCAACGAUCGUGUAUCCCUACACCAGUGCCUCUUGCGGAGGAUCGACAGUCGGUAGAAUCACCUCAUGCGGCUGUACCAACAUGGGUGCCAACUACAAAAUCAAAGGCGCAAAGCUUAACUUUCAGAAAGCGACGGCUUCCUUCUACAAAGGCAAGAACUGUGAAGGCGUGUUUAUCUCCAAAGCUUCCGACCAAUCCUGUGUCAAGCUUCCUGUGGGUUGGAGUUCCUUCGGAUCGGUCAAGAUUCAUGGAGGUACUUGCUAA